AUGUUUGCGAAAAGUUUUAAUUUUUAUCGUUCCUCAGUGACAAAACAGUUACCUUUUAAAAAACUAGCAACGAUAAAUCGUUCAACAAUAGCCCCAACUUUAAAACAAUAUCGUUACAUUUCCCAUGAAGUAUCAAAGGACAAAUUAAUAGUUUUUGAUACGACUUUACGUGAUGGGGAACAGUCACCUGGUGUUACCCUCAAGACUGAAGAAAAACUUGAAAUUGCUCGGCACCUUUCCGCCCUUGGAAUUGAUGUUAUUGAAGCUGGUUUUCCUAUUGCUUCACAAGGAGAUUUUGAAGCAGUAGCUCGUAUCGCGAAGGAAGUUGGUCCAUUAAUGACUGGUAGAGAAAAAACAGGCAAGCCUGUGAUUAUAGCUGGACUAUCUCGUGCUGCUGAAAAAGACAUCAAACGUUGUUAUGAAGCUGUAUCACACGCGCCUUUGCAUCGAAUUCACACAUUUCUUGCUACAUCAGACAUACAUCUUAAAUAUAAACUAAAAUUCGAUCGUGAUGAAUGUAGAAAGCGUGCCGCAGCUGCGGUUGCAUAUGCUAAGACUCUCUGUGAUGAUGUGGAAUUUAGUAGUGAAGAUUCUGGAAGAAGCGAUAAGGAUUUCCUUUGUCGGGUCUUGGAAGAAGUUAUUGAGGCAGGUGUAACAACGGUUAAUAUACCAGAUACAGUUGGUUAUAGCAAUCCAGAGGAAUAUGGACGAUUAAUCAAAUAUUUAAUUAAAAAUACACGUGGAUCGGAUAAGGUCAUUUGGUCAACUCACUGUCAUGAUGAUUUGGGAUUAGCUACUGCCAAUACUUUAUCUGGUAUUUUAAACGGUGCUAGACAAAUAGAAGUCUCCAUCAAUGGCAUUGGCGAACGUGCCGGUAAUACUCCAUUCGAAGAAGUUAUAAUGAACAUUCAUACACAUCCUGACUAUUAUCCGGUAUAUCAUACAAUCAAUACACAACAAAUAUAUCGUACUUCCAAUAUAGUUUCAUCCCUUUCUGGAAUGGUAAUACAGCCUAACAAAGCUAUUGUAGGUGCCAAUGCUUUCCUUCAUGAAUCGGGUAUUCACCAAGAUGGCGUACUUAAGAACAAACUAACUUAUGAAAUUAUUCGUCCAGAGGAUGUUGGUAUCUUCAAUGUAAAUUUAGUAUUGGGCAAACUUUCAGGCCGAAAUGCGUUCCGCACGCGUCUCGAAGAAUUGGGAUAUGGCGAUAUGAGUGAGGAUGAUGUUAACGUAGCUUUUGGAAGAUUUAAAGCUUUGGCUGAUAAUAAGAAACGUAUUACAGAUCAUGAUAUUUUGGCCUUAUUAUCAGAUAGAGUCUCUUCUGGUGAUUCACAACGAUUUGAAUUACAAUCAAUUCAGGUUGUCUCUGGUACUCAUGACAUGUCAACAGCAACCGUUAAACUUAAGGAUAAUUCACAUAAUAAAGAACUUGUCGAUGCUGCUAUUGGACGUAGUGGUCCUAUCAUGGCGGUAUUUGGAGCUAUACAACGUUUAGUACAACGAAAAAUACGGUUGUUAAAUUAUGAAGUUCGCGCUGUUUCAGAAGGAAUGGAUGCUUUGGGUAAAGUUAGUCUUAGGAUUACUGGAGAUGUUGAUGAUUCGGAAAAUGGAGAAGCUAAAGAUUCGAAAAAGUCAUCUAAUGCUGUGUAUCUUGGAAAUGGUACAGAUUUAGAUGUAGUUACGGCAAGUGCAAAAGCCUAUAUAAAUGCGAUUAACAGGAUGGUUGAGGAAGAAAUUAAUGCUCAAACUGGCAGAGGGAGAGUUAUUUCAUUCAAUAAGAGAGUGGUGGAUAUAUAA